AUGUCUAGAGAUAUAAGGUCCUUCUUUACCAUAAAAAAGGAGAAAACUAAAAAAGAUGAAGACAGUGAUGUUAUACCCGAAUCACCAGAUGUACAAAUUAAUAACAAGAAAAAAAUAUCAAGAAAACGCAGACAAAUCAAGGAAGACUCAGAUGAAGACGGGACACCUUCAAAAAAGAAGAUUACUCCACCAAAGGCAACACUAAAAGAAGUUAAAAAAGAAGACUUAUUUGGUAGUGGCCCAAUAAAAAGAACAGAGCCAAUAGUGAAAAAAAAUAAGAAAAAGACAGAAACUGGCAUCCAUUCAGAUGAUGAAUUUGAACAAAGCUUGUUACAAAUUGAUGAAGUCCAUAACUCUGAAAAAGUUGACAUUAAAGAAGAUAUCAAAAUCAAAGAAGACAUUUGUGAUAAAUCAGAAAAAGUAGAUAAAAAUGAUAAUGAAUCAAAAACUAAAUCAAAAUCACAUAAAAAGGAAAUUGUGGAUAGUAAAUCAGCAGAAGAGAACAAAAUCAAAAAUCAUGAUAACAAAUCUAUUAAAAGAAAAUUAAAUAAGAGUGACACUGAGACCCAACCAGAGAUCCAGUCUACAUCCAAUGUAGAUAAAGAAAAGAAAGAUUUUAGUGUAUUUCUUGACAAUGAUGACACAGAUCACAAACCCGAUAUUGACACCAAAGAACCUAAACAAAAGAAAAGGAAAUUAGACAAGAGCCUAAAUGAAUCUGUUCUAUCAGAUGAAGAAAGACAUGAAAGGAAAAGAUAUUCGGCAGCUUUAUAUCAGAAAUAUUUGAACAGAUCUGGACCUAAGCACUUAGGAUCAAAAGAAAUUCCAGAGGGUGCACCUAAUUGCUUGCGAGAUUGUGCAUUCUUGCUAACUGGAGUACUGGAUUCGUUUGAGCGAGACGAAGUAGUGGCCGUUAUUACGAAAUAUAGCGGAUCUGUGAAAAAUGGUAUUAGUAAGAAGGUAACACAUGUGCUUGCCGGUGAAGAUGCAGGUCCAGCAAAAUUAGCUAAAGCGCAAGAAUUAGGCAUUAAAAUCCUAAGUGAGGAUGAAUUCUUAAAAAUAAUCAAAGAAUCUACAGAAAAAAAACAAUCAUCCAAAGACAAAAAAGAUUCAAAUCACAAUAAAACAGAAAAUAAAUCAAGAAAAGAAUCAAGUACUGAGAAAAAAAAGAAAAAUCAUGACAAUAAUAUAUUGAAUGCAAAUAAAAUUAAAAAUGAGAAAUCUGUUUCGCCUCCAAAAGUUGUGGAGGUUUCUGAAAUUAAAAAAGAAAAAGCUGUUAAGUCAGAAACUAUGAGUAGUGUGAAUGAUGAACAACAGGCAGGUGCGAGUACAUCAAAGCCCACUCAUGCUCUGUCACUUAUGUGGGUGGAUAAAUAUAAACCACAAAACUUAAAACAAAUCAUAGGACAGCACGGGGAAAACAGUAAUGUUAAAAAAUUGUUAAACUGGUUAACGAAAUGGUAUGUGAAUAAUAAGGCAAAACUGCCCAAACCCAAUCCUUUUGCUAAGAACGACGACGGAGGUUAUUACAAAGCUGUUUUAUUAUCUGGACCUCCUGGUGUAGGCAAAACGACAACAGUGUCGCUAGUGUGCAAAGAGCUGGGCUUCGACGCGGUGGAGUUCAACGCGUCCGACACGCGCAGCAAGAACCUCAUCAAGGAGAAGAUUGGCGAGAUGCUGUCCACCACAUCAUUGUCCGGUUAUGCUAAAGGCAACUCAGGCAAAGGUGCUGUUUCAAAGAAACAUGUACUUGUUAUGGAUGAAGUGGACGGCAUGGCUGGCAAUGAAGAUCGGGGCGGUCUCCAAGAGCUGAUAUCUCUGAUCAAGUCCACAUCGGUGCCUAUAAUAUGCAUGUGCAACGACAGGAACAGCGAGAAGAUGCGCUCGCUCGUCAACUACUGCUAUGAUCUGCGCUUCAAUAGACCCAGGGUGGAUCAGAUAAAGUCAGCGAUGCUCUCGAUCUGCUUCAAGGAGGGUCUAAAGGUCCCCGGAGACGUGCUUUCGCAGCUGAUAGUAUCUGCGGGGCAGGACGUGCGGCAAACCCUGCAUCUGCUGUCGCUGUGGGCCGCCGACACCCAUGUGGACCCCGCCCGGCUCAGCAGCGAGGCGCAACGGGUUAGAAAGGAUGUCAAGAUGGGUCCGUGGGAGGCCAUCCGCAAAGUGUUCAGCAAGGAAGAGCACAAAGGCAUGAGCAUUGCCGACAAGAGCGACCUGUUCUUCAGCGACUACAGCCUCGCGCCUCUCUUCGUGCAAGAGAACUAUCUGAAUGUGUCCCCGCACUGUCCGAAACACGAAGUGCUAGAUAGGAUGAGCCGGGCGGCCGACAGCAUCAGCCUCGGGGAUAUGGUGGACGCGCGGAUACGAGGCGGACAGGCGUGGAGUCUACUACCCUUGCAGGCAAUGUACAGCAGCGUGAUACCGGGUCACGUGUUGGAGGGACAUUUGGCGGCGCAGAUACAGUUCCCGUCGUGGCUCGGCAAGAACUCCAGAAAGAACAAGAUGCAUCGCCUCUGCCAGGAAAUACAUGCGCAUACUAGACUAAGUACAUCUGGAUCUAAAUCAUCCAUAUUCCUCGAUUACGCGACGCACCUCCGAGACGCCGUGGUCACUCCGCUUAUAAAAGACAAGUCAGAUGGUAUCGACAAGUCCCUCGAGGUUCUGGAAGCUUAUCAUCUGCUGAGAGAAGACCUGGACUCUUUGGUUGAGCUCUCCUUGUGGCCUGGACAGAGGAACCCUACUAUAUUGAUAGAUUCUAAGGUAAAAGCAGCCAUGACUCGCACAUAUAAUAAGAAAUCAAGUGCAUUGCCGUAUGCACCUGGAGCUAUAAAAAGAGGACGUGCGCAAGAUGAUGAAAACACACAGGAGGAUGAAGAAGUUGCAGAGGACAGUGAUCCAGAAAACGAUGCACUGAUCAAAAAAAAGAAAACUAAAGAAACAGACAAACCCAGUACCAGUAAAGCGGGUAAAGGAAAACAAAGUGCCACCAGCCCUAGUAAAGUGAAGGGGAAACAAAGUACUUCUAAAGAUAAAAAGAAAAAA